GCAACAUAACAACCUAGUAACCUAGCAAUCGAACCGAACAACCGAACCAACCGAACCAACCGAACAGAAGAAGAACAAAAAAAAAGAGCAAGCCUCGAGCAUUAAAGAUAUACCACCAGACACACAUCUAGACACACAUACUUUCUCUUUAUAUCUUAAAAAAAACCAACAACAACAAUAAUAAUAUCGCCAUCAGAUAAUAAUAUAUACAAGCACAAAAGAAAAGAAAAAAACAACAACUAUGGCUAUGCUGGAAAAACCAAUAUCAGAAAUUGUUGAUGGCCAGGCCAUACAGUCAACUAGUUCCUGUACCUACAGGUUCAUACCUAGCACCUGCAGUUAUCUUGCCGAACAAAGAAACUACCAACUUAUCAUGAGACAAGAACCUCAAAGAGCAAAGAUGAGCGUCAUAAAUGAAAGAGACCGAAGACCAAUUGAACCUCCACCAAUUCUUCAGUUGAACUGGUUGAAUUGCUCCACUGAAGAAACAAAAAAGUACCUUCAGAGUCCGUUUUAUUUCAUGGUGGCAAAUCUGAUGAAGGCCAAUGACACCACAAAAGCACUCGAUUCCCACGAAUACCUGUCUGGUUCCACUGUAUCUUCACUCUACAGACUAAGAGAUGUUGACAAUACUGACGGAGGCUUUUUUGUAUUUGGUGACUUGGCUGUCAAGAAAGAUGGUUAUUACAGGUUACAAUUCAACCUUUUUGAGAUUAUGGAUGGCACUGUCCAAAACCGCAAAACCAUGCUCUCUGAAGUAUUCGUGGUCCACUUACCAAAAAAGUUCCCUGGUGCAAUAGAAGCCACUUUUUUGUCACGAACAUUUUCUGACCAGGGAGUCAAGAUGAGAAUCCGCAAAGAACAUCGUCUUCAAACUCGUAAGAGAAAGGCCGAAAGACAAAUAGACUCUGAUAUGGCUGACGUCAAGAGAGUAGUCGUAACAGACCAAGAACCCAUUUCAGGGCAACGAACCUCGUGCCAGAAUGAAGUCCUGUUUGGUCGUUGGCAAUCAAACGUUGGUGUGACUAGCCGAUCGCUUGGCCAGACUGGACCUAUAGAAACAAUUCACCAAGCCAGCUCGAUGUCUGCUGUAAAUCCCUUCAACCCUGGAGGUGAAGGCAGACUUAGAUACAAGGAUCUCACGAGCAGGUUUCGUUACUAUCCAAAACAACAUGAAAAUAAAGGCUUCUAUGAACCAAUGGACACCAGUAACAGCAUUAGUACGAGCACUAGCACUAGCACAAACACUAGCAUCAGCCUCAGCAACAGCCUUAGCAGCAGCACAAUUGGUACUCCAAAUAGCCCAAGUGGAGACAUCGGCGGCAAUACCAACGAUGGAGAGCCUCUGGCACAAGACACAUCAGAGUUCCCAUCUCCAAUUUCUCGGACACACUCAGUCACAUCUGAAGCUCCAGAGCAAUUGUCUUGGUCACCUGCCUCAAACGACAUGAUGAAGAUCGAAAGGCUGGCGUCGCAUGGAUGCGGCUCCCCUUCCUCUGGAGGAGCAUGGCACUUGACCAACAACAGUAGCAGCAACAGCAACAGCAACAGCGACAGCUACCAAGACACACCAGAUCUCUUCCAUAACUCAAGCAAUUCCCCUCCUUCACCCACACCUACCGCCUACACUGUGCAAUCCCCUCCUACCUUGAUUCAUCAAGCACCUUCGUCCGAGGCUCAUCUAGCUAGCUACCACUUUACAGCAAGUGACCGACGCCCCACACAAUCUUACGCAUCAGAAGACACACAUCCUUUGUCUCACAUCCACUACGCAGCCACAAAGAAUGAGCACUGGGGAGAGCGCUUACCUCCACUUAGAGCCAUUAUGGAAGACCAGCAUACAGAUCAACAUAGUCUUCACACACAUGUGGCUCCCCUUGAAUUGCCUGCCAUCAUUACAUCUGGGAACCCUCAUCGCCUUGGUGCAGAUUCUUCCUCCUCCUCCUUUUUACCAACUCUUUUUCCUUCUUAUGUACCUCAAUCAAACCAACAGCCAAAAAAACAGCAUCAGCAUCAGUAUCAGCAUAAUCAUACUCAUAAUCAUAAUCAUCAUAAUCAUCAAUCGAGGCAAACUCCUCAUUCCAUGUCAGGACAAGAUGUGGGAGGUAUAUUUGCUCAAUGUUCAAUCUAAAAAAAAACCUCCCUCUUCCUCAUCCUUCUCUUCUUCUUCUUCUUAUUUUCUCUUAAAAUCCAAAACACAAAAUCCGCAAAGAGACCUAUAGCUAUUCCUAUUCCUAAUCCUACCCCCCACCCCCUUCCUUUUUAUUUCUACACUCUUACUCUUUCAUUUACAUUUUUUUGUUUUCGUUUGUUUUGCUUGUUUCCCCUCCCUCAUUUAUGCCACGCACAGCAUUGUUUUAUAUCCCUCUUUAUCUUCAAUACUCCACAUCCUUUAUAUCCAUAAGCUUUCUUUGUCAUUAUUUUGUUUUAUUCUUCUUUUCUCUUGAUUACUCGUGUACACACCUUUGUUUCUCUUCUCUCUCUCUCUCUCUUUAUAUUAUACACACACAUAUAUAUAUUAUUAUCUUGUAUGCACAUGAAAUAGAUACUGUGUUUCUUUUUGUC